AUGUCUUCUCCUCUUGUCGGCUCCUCCCUCGGCCGGGCCGGUCUCUUCUCCGCACGGCGGUCCGCGUCGAGGAUUGCCCAUGCUCGGCCAAGUGCGCUCACAUCUCGUGCCCGUGCUCUGUCCAUGCCCAUGCCGACAACAUGUCAGAUGAGAAAUAGUUCUCACUCCCCCAUGGGUGCCGCCCCAUCCAACCCGCGCAAGAAGGUCACGCUCGGCACCUUGAAUUCGCUCUACAGGAAGGGGGAUCCCAUCACGGUCAUGACCGCCCACGACUUCCCGAGCGGUCACGUCGCCGACCACGCCGGCAUGGAGGUUGUCCUGGUCGGUGACAGUCUGGCCAUGGUAGCGUUGGGUAUGGUGGAUACGAGCGAGGUUGCAUUGGAGGAGAUGCUGCUCCAUUGCCGAUCCGUCGCACGAGCGACGCAAAGUGCCUUUACCGUCGGCGAUCUACCAAUGGGAUCGUACGAGAUCUCGCCCGAGCAGGCCCUCGGCACCGCCAUCCGCGUCAUCAAGGAGGGUCGGAUGCAAGCCAUCAAGCUCGAGGGCGGCCAGGAGAUGGCCCCGACCAUCCGCAAGAUUACCACGGCCGGCAUCCCCGUCCUCGGACACGUAGGCCUGACCCCCCAGCGGCAGAACGCCCUCGGCGGCUUCCGCGUCCAAGGCAAGACGAGCGAAAGCGCGCUCAAAAUUCUCCGCGAUGCGCUGGCGGUCCAAGAAGCCGGCUGCUUCGCCAUGGUCUUGGAGGCCGUGCCCGCCGAGGUUGCCGCGCUGAUCACCAGGAAGCUUUCCGUGCCGACCAUCGGCAUCGGCGCCGGCGCCGGCUGCUCCGGUCAGGUUUUGGUCCAGACCGACAUGGUUGGCAAUUUUCCACCCGGCCGUUUUCUUCCCAAGUUCGUCAAGCGUUACGGCGACGUCUGGAGCGAAUCCAAGCGGGCCAUCGAGGCGUACCGUGACGAGGUCAAGAGCCGACAGUACCCAGCGCCGGAGCACACCUACCCCAUAUCUGGGGAGGAAUUCGAAGCAUUCUCGAAAGCCGUCGAGGACGUCUGA